AUGACAACUCCAAAUUCUUUUGCCGCCUGCAGAUCUGAAGUAAUGGUAACCGUCCGGGGACGAGUAACACAGCAACUGAAGUUGAAUGUUGCUUUUGGUAACGACGUCAGCGGUACCAUCAAAAUCCAAUGCACUGGCAGGAACAUUACCCUACUCAUAAGCAACUAUUCCAGACGCAUGGACGAAGUUGCGGCAUAUGGCACCCAGGUAAUCAGACCGUUUAUGUCGGGUAUCACCAACAAACAACCAAACUAUGCACAUUCGGCGAAUGUCAAAAUUUUGUGGACAGCAAGCACUAGAGGAAAAUUAGACCCCAACAUCCUGUAUCAGGCCAUUGGCAGGCACCACGCUGCGUUAGGAGAGAGAAUUUACCGAGGACGAUUCCGUCUAUCUUCGUUCCGGAGGAGAAUUAUGGACAUCGUAAUUAGUGAGAGACCUGCCGGCCAAGCCCCUGCCGCCCCAGCCCACCCAGCAGAAUCUUCAACAGCAAGACCCGCCAAGAGGACCCGGUCGGCCGAACCCCAGGCCUUGUUGGAUCAGGACGAGGAGCAGGAGGAGCUGGGAUCUCAACCUGAGCACCCUAUGGAGGAGACCCAGGAUGACGCUUUUGUGGGGGGUGGGGGUCCUCAAAAGCCAAAGUCCAAGAAAAAAUCCAAGGCCAAGUUCUAA